CGAUUGUACGUUGAAGGUGCACGCACGCGUAUGAACCCUUCACUUGGUCACUCGCAGAACGGCUGGACAUUCAAACAAUAACACUGUGCGAACGGUAUUAUACGCACGGUGUGAAAAUAAAAGCAUCGGUUCUACGUCACUGUCGUAAACUCCGGACGACCUUCAAUAAUUUACGAUAUCCGCUAGAGUGUAAGCUAAACGAUUGGAUUUCGUGGCUCUAUUACAUUACAUGUGAUCUUGUGAUAGACAGUUUCCCGCGGAAAUCGUCCGUACUCUGCUCGAUUCAUGGUUGGUGCAUCAAUCGAGGAAUAAAGUGGAUUAUUUUACAUCUGUUCACCGCUCCAGUUGAAGUGCACAUAACUGUGUCUGUUGUUCGGAUCUGUUUACGUUUUGCUGCGUCCAGUUUUCAACCGUUAGUGACAUUUUGUGAUCUGUUUGUUAUUGUGUGACUGCAUUAUCUAAUAGGGGAGAGAUUGCACAGUUGGGCGCUAUGUACAUGUAUGAACCACCAAAGAAAAACAGCUUCACUUCCGUCGAAGAAUUCCAGGAGGCGUUCAACCUAUUCGACAAUCGUGGCGAUGGAAAAAUUCAGCAGCAACAGAUCGGCGAGUGUCUGCGGGCCCUCGGCCAGAAUCCGACCGAGUCGGACGUGAAGAAGUUCACCAUGCAGUUGAAACCGGACGAGCGCGUUUCGUUUGAGGUUUUCCUGCCAAUCUAUCAGGCCAUUUCCAAACAGCGUACCGCGGAUACGGCGGACGAUUUCAUCGAGGGGCUGCGCCACUUCGAUAAAGAUGCGAGCGGAUUCAUUUCGUCGGCUGAAUUGCGACAUUUGCUCACCACGCUGGGAGAGAAGUUGGCGGAUGAUGAGGUUGAACAACUUCUCCAGAACCAAGAAGAUUCGCAAGGCAACGUUAACUACGAGGAAUUCGUUAGGAUGGUGAUGAGUGGUUAAAUUUCAGACGCCGCACGAUGUGCUGUUAAUCCACCAUAUUUUUACUACCAUAUUGAAUGAACCCACUUUAGGCAUUUACAAUUCAAAAACUUGUGCCCGAUUUUAUACACAAAAUAACAAGUGGAAUAAUAGAAUCAUCAUCUUCUUUUUUCAUAUUUACGGUAUUGCGUGAUAUCAAGGUUUGCACACAGUAUAAAUAUCAUAAAAGUGGAUGGUCGUCUAUUUCUUUGGAAUUAAUCACGGAAACUGCGCAUCUCGAAAUCAUGCUGUAUCUAUUCUAAAGGAAACACACAUAUUGUUACUUAACCGAUUUAACUAUGUUUUCAGUUUUGUCUUCAUCAAUAAGAGGGCACUUGUAGUUUAGGGAUAACAGUUCAUCGAAAAUUCCAUCAAAAUUUUAGUAUUACUAUUAGCUUCCAUUGUGUAUUAUCGCCGCCAUUUGGAUUACGCAUAGGAUUCUCCUUUGCAGAGUAAGAAUUCGACCUUCACGAAAAGCAUUUCUUUUUCCACUGUUUUUAGACAGAAAGACCGCUAUAUCUAUGUAAAACUGUUAUUAUAUUUAAAUUAAUAAAAGAUCAUAAUUUAUACACAAA